CUAAGAAAGUUCUACUCUAAUAAUAUAGCGCAUCAUUAACUAAAAAUUUUAUUAAUUUAAAAAUAAAAAAAUGUUUAAAAGCCGCAUGCUGAGAUAACAGUUGUUUCUAAAAUUAACACUUAAGUAAAAAUGGGAAACUUUAUUUAAAACAAAACUUUGCAGAACUUCCGCUCACUUGAAAUCAGCAUUAAUCUUAAAUACAAAUAUAUUUGCCCCACCGUUGCAAAUUUUAGAUAUUGUUUUAUUAAUCAUUUACCAAGUUGUAUCAAAUAUCGUAACCAUGCACCAAAUUGUAUUAAAUGUUGUUUUAUUUGGAUGUUUACUCGUUACUGCGUCUCCAAAUAAAAAAGAUAACGUUUUAACAGCACGUGAUCUUUUGGAAUCAAUUGCGCCUUCAUAUCAGCUUGUUAAACUUCCACCUGGAUUUCCUCCUCUUGGAAGUAUUAAUACCGACAAGUUUAGUUACAAAACAACCGGAAAUCUUAUAAGAGUUUCUGCAAAUUUCGAUAAACCAGUUGUCAUGUUCAAAGAUUUUAUAAAAAUAUCCCAAAUUAAAAUGAACUUUACGUUCGAUAAAAGCAAACCAAACAACUCUUGGGAAGUUUCAGUUAAAGGUUCACUUGUAAUUGGUUCUUCCGUUAUUGAAAUUGCUGUUAAUUCUUCAGGGGACUUUAAAGGAAAUGUUAGGUUAUUACGUUUCAAAGAUAUUGUUUCUGAAUUUUUCAGAAACAAUACGUAUAAAGAGAUUGGUAUUGAAUCAAAUGCCAUUUUGUUGGGAAAUGCUACUGUUGAAGGAAAAAUUACCAAGAAGCACAAAGCAUUUAGUAUUAUUAUUAAAGGACUUGUUACACUUGAUGGAAUUCAGCCAUUUAGAAUGGAAGUUAACAUUGUAAAACAACCUGAGCUCCCCAUAAACAUUUAUUCAGUGUUUGAAGUUAAAAAUGAAAAACCUGAAAAAAUUCUAAAGGAGAUAAUGAAUCAAAAGACAUUAAAUAUCCCUUUUUUUGCACACAUGUUAGCUGGUAGUAGUUUGUUUUCAGUCAAAAAAAAAAUAUUUGGAAUCGCAUUUUCGUACGAUGAAGUAUAUAAUUAUAAAGAUAGUACUUUAUCUGGAACUAUUAUUGAAAAGGUUUUACAAUCCCAUGUUCCUCUAGGAGUUACUUUACUGUUUCCGCUGCAGCUUCAUAAUUUGUCAGUGCGAUCUACAGACUCAGUUAAUACUGCUUUUGUAAUAAAGGAACCAAACUUUGAUUUAUUGAUAGCACAGAGUGAUAAAAUGUCUGUAAAAUCUGUAAUAACCACUGUUUCUAAAGAAUUUACUAGUGCUUCAACUAAGAUAUUUCCUGAAUUUAUUUCUAAAAAUCUUGAAAAAGCUUUUACCACUCAUGUAAGCUUUGAUUCUUCAACUAGUCUUUUUAGUAUUUUUGUUAGAUUACAAGAAGAUAUUGAGCUAGUACCCAAUCUCAUUCGAAUAAGUGUUAGUAAUUUUGUUUUGCAACGAGCCGUAGCAUUAGAUAACAAAAUAACAGAAUGGACAGUUUCAGCAAAGGGUAUUUUAAAGAUUGGAAAAUCUAAUAUUCAAGUGCAGUAUGCAGAAAUUUCUGAUGAAGCUGGAAAACCAUAUGGUUUAACUGGUUCUAUAAAAAAACUACCAUUGGAAGAUAUAAUUGAGCAAUUUGACCCUGAUUUCUAUCCAAGUAACAAUGUUAAAGACAUGAUAGAAAAUACGGAAAUCAGUAACUUAAUAAUUCGAAAAGUGCGUUUAUUCUCAAGGGUACCUCGGCUAAAUGGAACACCACACAUACUUAUUACUGGUCUCACAAAUCUUCCAGCAUUUGAGAAAGAUAUACAAUUAGCAAUGCUGUUGAUUUAUAAGUCAUCUUAUUGGCAUUGUAAAUGGGUAGCAUCAUUCAAACAUACACCCUUAAGUAACAUUAUACAAGCUCUUACAGGCUUUGAAAGUCUUGAUAUAAAUUUACUCCAUAACAGUAAAAUUAUGACUACACUCAUAAGCUCACCUCUUGCUACAUAUAGUUUACUUCCUCCACAUAUAAUAACCACUCCUUUACUGAGACUGCCUGUUAAAAAAGCACUUACAAUUAUUGCAUUACUUCGUUUCCCUGACAACUGCGGCGAUGAUAAAAUGUGUAUAACAGCAUCUCAUCUGUUAGAUGUUUCAAAAUUGUUUACUUUAAAAGGAACUUUAGAUUUAGAAGAUUUUUAUCUUAAUGCUAAUAUACCAUACAAUUUAAAUCUUUCGUCACAAAUCCAUGGUAUAAACAAUACUUUGCAGUUUACGAUAGGAAAAAAAUCACGCUUAGAUAUCAAAACUACAAUAAAAUUCCCAUCAUUAGACUUGGUUUUUGAUGGAAAUAUUCAUAUCCUUAAAAAUGGGGAUGCCAUGCUAGAGUUAUUUGAUCGAUAUAAAAUCUGGGAAGAGCCAUUUGGUCUGCAGAGUUUAUCUUUCAUGAAUCUUAAUGUUGCUAUGAAGUAUCGUUCAAAAGCAGACCUACGCAUAAUUAAUGUUAGAGGUCUAUCUUUACUUGGCAUCAAUAAAGGUUAUGAAAUUAGUGCACCACUAAAACUUGAACUUAACCCAUUGGAGGUCUAUGCAAGUAAUUUUUAUGUUAAUUUUUCUACAGCCAAUCUUCCUGAUCUAAUGAAAGCGUUUAAUAUUCAAGCGGUGUUGCCUAAUAUUUUAAAGCAGUCAAGUUUACCAACUGGUUUUGUACUUAUUUAUAAUGGGCGUCUAAAUCUUGAACCAGCGAUAAAAUUGAAAGGCGAUAUAACUAUUUUUGAAAGGCGUUUAAAAUCUGAAAUUUCUAUUAUUGGACAAAAUUUUAUAAGAAUUGUGACUGAAAACAGCCCAGCUCCUUUAAUUUUUGCAAAAGGUCAAAUUAUUAUUCAACAAGAUGCUAAAAUAAAGAUUCGAGGACCAAAAUUGAUUGCAGAUAUAACAAGUGAUAAAGCAAAAGUUGUGGCAAAAGGAUUUGUUAAAAUUCUAGGAAUAGAAGAUGAUGUAGAAGUUACUUUAGAUGACAAUAGCAUAUCAUUUGUUGUGACAGGAAAAUUAAUGGACUAUAAAGAAACAACACUAACAGCAUAUUCAACUGUAUCAACUGAUACAUUUCAGGUGUUUGGCUGUUUGGCGGAUAUUGCUAAACAAGUUCAAGACUUGCUAAUUGAGACAAUAUCAAAAUCAGCUAAUCAAAGUAUUGCAAAUAUGGAGAAGGCAGAUAAUAAUCUUAUUAAUGCCCAAAAGUAUUAUGAGAAAGCUGAUAUGGAGGAAUCAACUGUACGUAAUCAACGCGAUAGGGCUAGAAUUUUCUAUGAACAGCAGUUAUUAGAAUAUGGCAGGUUUGAAGUUAUGGCAAAUGACACGUGUGUAACUGAUAAAUGCCAAGUUCGUUGUUUUGGUUGUCCGAAACUUAAUCAAUGUUGCAGACUAGAUAUUUUUGGACAUUGUAUUGCCUGUUCAAGUUGGAAAAAGUGUUGUUGGAAAAAUAUAAACCCUCUCUGUAUUUCAAAACAUGAUGGAUGUCAUGUUAUUAGAACAGCUGCUGAGAAAGUACUUUCUGAAAAAGAGGCUUCAAUUAUACAACAUGGUAUAGAACUAGAUAACUUAGAGCAGCUACUUACAAAAAGUGAAAUCAACAAAGGGAAGCAUCAAGCAGUGUUAGAAGCUGCUUUGGAUGCAAAAGAAAUAAUAGAAGAAGACUCAUCUCCUGGCUUGAAUGGGGCUGAUGCAAUUCGCAAUUUUGGAUCCCCUUAUGGUUGGGCUAAAAUAAACAGUGUUUGUUAUAAUACAAGUAUUGAACAAGCAUCUACUGGGUGUAUGCAGUUUCAUGUAGCAGUUGUACUUUUUGAUAAACCUGAGAAAAACAUCAGCAUAUGGAGCUGCUUAAAAGAAGAUCUUGUCACUGUUCUCACUGAAUCAUUAGCAAACUAUGUUUUUCCCAACAUAAUAGAUACAACUUUAGAUGAUGUAUCUUCAGUAACUGCGCAACUGAACGAAGCUCAUGAGCUUCCUGAUUCAGUAAAGAUAGAUGAAAACUUAAAUCAAGACACAUCUAAGAUUUUGAAAAUAGUUGAUGAGAUUGAAGAAAAAACAAAUAAUAUGGUACUCCCAUUGCCUAAUCCCACAAGUCAAAUAAAUUUACCUGAUUCUAUCGAGGAUGGUGAUUUUGGAAUCCAGGCUCCUUAUUAUUUAGAUUAUAAUGUUGAAACAAACUCCACAAUAAAACCAUCUCCACCAUCUAAAGCUCCUGAAUAUUCUGAGUCAAUUGUUGACAAUGAAUACUCUAAUAAUCAUUUAAAUAAAUCUCCUCUACAACUUCACUCUUCAAAUUUCAAACCUUUCACAAUUAAAGUUGAAACAAGUAAAAAUAACGAUAAACAAACUAUUAAGCCUGUUCUUUCACAAGUUAAUAUCUCAUCUCCAACAGAUUAUCCUGUUGAAAUCAAAAUAAGUGCUCCUAUUAAGGUUGAUGGUUUUAUCCCGUUUUCUGGUUCUGCAAGUGGCGAAACCUCCACUAGUGGUUCAGCGUCAUCAGCUGGAGACGAGUUAAAACAAAUUCUCAACAAAAAUAACAUAGAAAAUAAAUACUUUGGUGAAGAUGAUGAAGGUUCAACUGAUUCAAAAAAUGAUGAUAACUCAGCUGAAGAUCUAGCUGAAGACCUUGUAACUGAAGAAGAGCUCGAACAAGACUUACCAAGCAAAGCAAUAAAAAACAAAUUAAAAAAAGUAGAAGAGCAACCUAAGUUGCUCUCUAAAGAUGAACAAGAGAUGAAAGAAAUUUUAGAAAAAGGAACAAAAAAUAAAAGUAAAAAUAAAACAAAGUCAAUUUUUUUCCCUAGUUUCAAAGAGAAAAAUAAGACAAGUAGUUCAAAUAAUACAGCAGGUUUUAAAAUAAAAGAAGUUAUAAAAACUUUGAAAUUAAAAAAACGUCGCUUUAGGAGAGAUACCGAAAAUCAUUCUUCUGCAAUAAUUACAAAAACGCCAUUUUUUCAACCUAAUAAUAAUGCUUUGUUUUCAAAUCCUUUUUGGAAUGUAAAACCUGACCGAGGUGUUUCAACAAAAUCAUUUCUCCCUUCUUCACCUCAACAUCAAAUGAUGACAAAUAUGAUUAGAAAAAGAUGGAAGAUACCUGAGAACCCAAAUGGAAGAUGUCAUAUUUUCCAUCAACUUAUAGCUAUAUGUCGAGAUAUGGCGGAAACAAUACAAAUGUUGUACAAAUCACUGACAGUAGCGAAACGCAGUUUCCAUGAUGAAGAUAAAAAUAUUUAUUCAGAAUUAUUUGAAGCAGAAGAAUUCAUUCUUAGUGCAGGGAAACGUAUAAAUAUCAAGCAACAAGUAAUGAAGCAAGCGUCAAACACUCUUAAUGUUGUUCGUCAAGGGGUAAACAUUUGGUCUAAAAGGUGCACAAAUGAAUUCGAAUGGCAAAAUCAAUCAGGUAUUCAAUCAUGGUUACAGGCUAUGGAUCUUAGAAUUCAAGAGUUAGGUGGUUUUGGAGUUUAUCGAUUUCUUGAGAAUUUGUUUCACGCUUUUGAGGCGUUGUUUGAAGUAUUAACAUACACUGACGGAAAUACUGCAAGAAAUGCAUUGAAUCUUCUUCAGAGAAUCCGAAAGGUUUCUAUAAAUUUUGAUAGAAUCUUUAAGGAAAAACUCCCUGUUUCAAGCGCACAUCCAUACGCCUCUGAUAUUUUAAACGAACUAGAAUUUCUAAGAAAAGACAGCUUGUUUUGUUCCAUCUAAAUGGCGGUGCUCUUUGACAGUACAAAUACAAAAAUAUUUUUAUAGAAUAUUAUAAGACAGUUUCGUAUUUAAAUAAACUGACAUACACGCUUUAAACUUCGACUGCUAAUAAAACCAAAUCGAAUGAGAAGAAAAUAGGUUAUAAUCUAAAUCAUAUAAGAUUCUCGUGUAUUCGUGUUAAAUUGUGUCGUAUAAAGUUCGAUAUUCGUAUAAAAAAGAUUAUCGUGUACUGCGUUUAAUAUUUGGAAACGGUACCUCACACCUCGUCAAACGUUGAAUGCAGUAAUAAAUGAUUGAAUAUUUACUAAACAGAAGAAGCAUGUUUUUGUAAACUAUUUUUCAUCUAUCAUUAAGAUUUCUUCAUCAAGAUUUCAUUAUAUAGUAUGAGCCAAAAUAGGUGGAAUCAUCAGAAUCGUCAACAGAAAUUGUGUAGUAAAAGUCAAAUUGUUAUUAUAUUUGUUGUGCGUGUGUUUUUAUGCAGUUAUAAAUUUUUUUCGAUUUUUAAAUUUUUCCCUGUCAAUUAUGCUUACAAAGCUUGUAAAUAAAUAAAAUAAAACAGACACAGAUAUUAAA